AUGCAGCAGCAGCAACAAGUUGCACAAGCAGGGCAGCAUAUGACAAAUAAGUUCCACAGAAACCAACACAGAAAAGGAUCCACUCCAAUCCAGAUCCUAGGUCAUUAAAUCUUGAAUCACACCUAAACGGGCACAAACGUCAAAGACCAAACAAGAAGAAUGAAGAACCAUGAUGAAUGUUUUUACUCAUGUCAGGCCUUGAGUUUCCUCUUUAGAAUUACUACUCCGUAUACCAAAGCUGGUAUUUUGCAUCUCUUGUUGGAUUGUUCUCUGUUGGUUAUUUUCGUUACUUUCAUACAGCAAAUGCUUGUCCCGCCGAACGUGUAUACAACUUGGGCAGGAACGCAGGCGGGGGGUACUACCUUGAAUGCAUCGGGGCCGGGAGCUAUGACAGUGCACAACUUCCCCUCCCCCUCAUUUGUAUUGCAUGAAAAGCAAUACAGACACCCCCACCUGUGGAGCCUGUGCAUGACAAGUUUAUGCGCCUAGUGUAGUACUGUUUAUUUGGCUUCCGGAAUCUGUCAUGCAAACAGUACCACGCAGCAGCGAUUCGAUUUGGUAUUUUCCAUGACAAAUGAGGGGGAGGGGGAGUUGUGCAAUCUCAUAGGACCGGGAGCUCAGCAGCUGCAUGAGCAAUACAUGCGCGCGGUGCAGGAACAGUAUCAGUUGGGCCCAACCCGCCAGGGCCAGCCGCAGCGGCAGCCCCAGCCGCCCCAUAAUGUAUUUCAACCGCAGCCCGAACCUCCGCAACAGCAAGCUCUGGGAAGAACCGCUGCCGGUACGGCUGCGCCCUCACGUGGUGGAGGUCCUUCUCGUGGCGGGGGUCAAGCAGCCGCAGGAACAGGGAUGACCGCGGAAAAUCUGGCGAAGUUGCCGCUUGUUAAAAGUUUACCGAGCGGGCACGUCUCCGAUAAGAAUUUGUACGCGGGAUCCUGAAUCUUGGACAUGUAUGCGGGAACAUGAACAAAGAUAAGCCCAUUAUCCGUUUUAUCAAUCUAUCAAGUACAAAAGUAUCAAGCUGUCCUCGUAGCGUACAAAUGUAUCAAGCCUUUCCUUCAUCUCUGGCACUUACAGAUUUCUACAACUAUAUGAUCGACCAAAAAACAUUACAAAGAAGAAAAACACUCCGAAAUUUGUAUGAAAGCAUA